CGGAUCAUGUGGCGCUGCACGGGCCACAAACCCGCGUAAUUUGGUCAGUGUCUGACGCAAAGAACCUGCAUCUGAAAAACCUCACUAACGUCAGUGAAUGACGCCUUCAGUGCACAAUUUUGAUCAUUAAACCAUCCAAUUAAUUACCUUAUUUAAAGAAUAAGGGCUGGUUUUGCCAUGUGUGUACCAAACAUCACAUAACCCCAGAAGUGCAGAGUCUGGACCCCACAGUUCUGGUGGUAACCAUCUCAGAUCACCCGUGAUCAGAGUCCUUCCUACUUCACAGGGCGCCCUGUCCAAUCACAGACCAGGAUUUUCAAUAAGCCCGACCAGAGUAUCAGAUAAUGAAUCCAAUACGCUCUUGCAGUCGCUAUGAAUACUUGGACUCAGAUUCAGGGGCUGCUAUGCCUGGCGAGGAAGAAGAUUCAUUUAUUGCCCCACACAGCCAGUCCAGAGCUGGAAGUCAACCAGCCAGUCCCCUUAGGUCAGAUUUGAAACUUAGCGACCCCAAUGCAGGAGUAGACAUCAGGAAGGAUAGAUCACCCACAAUGCAUCUGAGUAACAAAACAAUUGCUGUGAUCGCCACUAUUGUAGCAGCAUGCAUUGGCAUCGGCAUCGGGGUGAUCAUUGGCUGGUUCUCCUCCCAAGCUCAGUUCCCCAAAGCUGAGCCUUGUGAGACUGGAUGGAGUGAUGCCUUGAAAGAAGAAGACAAGAAUGUAGGAAAGGUGCUAAUGAACGAGAUGCAAGCUAGCAACAUGAAAGAAUACCUCAGAAAGCUAACAUCCACUCCCCAUCUAGCAGGGACUCCCGCAGACAAAAUAAAUGCAGACUAUGUCAAGAAUGAAUGGAUCAGCUAUGGCCUUGAACCUGUUCGACAGAAUGCCUACAAUGUUCUACUGUGUUAUCCAGAUAAAGAAAAGCCCAACUAUGUAAAAAUCCUGAAUAGUAAUAAUACCGAGUUCUUUAAAUCUCAAUCUGAAGAGCCACCAUUAGAUGUUGGGUCCAUCAGCAAUGACACUGUUCGACCUUUCAACGCUUACGCAGCAAACGGCACAGUAGAGGGAGAUCUUGUGUAUGUUAAUUAUGGACGUGUGGAAGAUUUCCAAUAUCUGGAGCGUACUCUCCACAUGAAUGUGACUGGGAAGAUCGCCAUUGCUCGUUACGGCAAGAUCUUCAGAGGGGACAAGGCCAAGCAAGCCGAAACAUUCGGUGCCGUAGGACUGAUCUUGUACUCUGAUCCAGCUGACUUUGCUGUGGAUGGCAUCUCCAGUGUUUACCCAGACUCCUGGUGGCUGCCAGGCUCAGGGGUCCAGCGGGGGUCACUGGCCGUUCAGCAGGGCCUUGGGGGUGACCCUCUCACUCCUGGUUACCCAUCAUUAGAGAAUGCAUUCCGUGAAGACGAAUCUUCUGCCAGUCUUCCCAGAAUUCCUGUUCAGCCAAUAGGUUAUGACGAUGCCAAAACACUCCUUGGGGAGCUUGAAGGUGAUGAAGUUCCAGAGAAUUGGAGGGGUACACUGCAAGGACUAACAUACAGGCUAGGUCCAACACUCAAAAAUAACAGAAAAGCUAAGCUAGAGGUGUAUAAUCAGAAUGAGAGACGGACAGUUUACAAUGUCAUUGGUAUGCUACGUGGAAGCAUAGAACCAGACCGAUAUGUAAUCCUAGGCAACCACCGAGAUGCAUGGGUGUUUGGUGCUGUAGAUCCCUCUAGCGGUACGGCUGUCAUGAUGGAGAUAGCUCGAGUCAUGGGAAAGCUGUACAAAGAAGGGAGGUUUCAACCUCGUCGGUCCAUUGUGUUUUGUAGCUGGGCAGCUGAAGAGUACAGUCUGAUUGGUUCCACAGAGUGGGUGGAGGAGUUCUCCAAGAUACUGGGUGGGAGAGCCGUGGCCUACCUCAACGUUGACAUUUCGGUCCAGGGCAACUACACUUUCAGAGCCAAGGCUACACCCAACCUCUUCAAUGCAAUCUAUGAGGCAGCUAAGCAGGUGCCCGAUGCGCCACACCCGGGCCAUUUAGCCACUGUCUACGACACCUGGCUAAAUAGGAGACCCUGGUCAGACACCAACGCUGUUCCAUAUGUGCUCAAUAUUGGUUCAGGCAGUGACUACGCAGCGUUUAUGGGCGUGCUAGGCAUAUCAUCAGUUGAUCUACGUUAUGACUACGAUAUUGGUUACGGGAUUUCCAGCUACCCUCUGUACCAUUCCAUGUACGAGACAUUCCACCUGGUGUCAGAGAUCAUGGAUCCCAACUUCCAGUAUCACUUAGCCACCGGCAGGGUGUGGACAGAGCUUGCCAGGUCACUAGCUGAUGCCCUCAUCCUACCGCUGGAUUGCCGGACAUAUGUCAGCCAUCUCAAUGAGUCCAUCAGCUCGCUGAAGAAAGAGUAUGCUGACAAGAUGAGCCUCCAAGGGAUCACUUUUGAUGCAAUAGAUGCUGCAUUGGCUGAGCUGUCCAAAACAGCAGACUGGCUACACAGUUACAUUGGCAAGAUGGAAAUGAAAGAUCCAUUUGAGGUGAGGAAAGUCAAUGACCAGCUGAUGUUCAUGGAGAGAGCUUUUAUCGAUCCAUUUGGACUGCCGGGCAGACCACUACAAAGACACAUUGCUUUUGCACCAAGCAGCAAAGACAGUUACUACGGUGAUGCCUUUCCAGGGAUUGUGGAUCUAAUGUUUGACAUUGACAAUGCUGUAGACAGUGCCAAGCAAUGGGACCUAGUACGCCAGCACAUGUCAGUGGUGGCAUUCACACUGCAGUCUGUGGCUUCCACACUGACGAGUGUUGAUGUGCUUGGGGUACAACCCUAAAUCAGUGGUCCAUGGUUAUUCCUAACAUUAUCACUAUUAACCACACUGCAUGAUGAGAUGGAAUGGAGGUUAUCGUAUGCCAGUAAUGGGAGAAAUAACACAUGUACAUGUUAUAGUUGAUCACAAGAUAGUAAAAGAUGCCAUCUUACCGUUUUCAGUUGUGCAAAAUAAUUCACCUGAAGAUUUGAAAUGAGGGUUACAAAAAAACAGUUGCCCAUUGGAAGUAGAGAUAAUUGUACUUGUUUUGCUUAUAAAUGAUAGCAGUGUAUGUACACUGAUGAUCCCUUAUUCUAACCUGCCAAUGCACUGCGGUGAACACUGAUAUGUCAUCAGCACAUAGGGCUGUUCGCCUUCUGAGAAACCAACAUCAGAGGAGGGUUUCAUCACUGAGAACAAAUACUCUUCAGCGGUGUAAACUCUCUUUGUCUGAAAACAUGAGUAAGUCAUUUGUUUCUUUCAUUUGAUUUUGUAUGGUCAAAAUUUUCUCGAGCAGCAUUCCCUUUAGCCAUGGUCAAGUCGUUUGUCAAAAGUUGUACAUUUCAGGCCUUAUGGGAAUCUGUGCAAAUCAUUUUGAGUUUUUAAUCUGCUGUGGACCUUUGAACUCAGAACUUGAGUGUGGUAUGCCCAGUUUAUAGGUCUUGGAGAAAAGAUCAGUUAGCAGUUGGAACUCUAAAUUCAGUGUUGUAGUCGAGUACUUUCCGAGUACCAACGCUCUCCGCAAAAUACUGAACUGGGUAAGAGGGAAU